AUGUUGAAGUGCAAAACAAUUAAAUUCGAAUUAUUUAAAAAAUACUUUAUCUUUAAAAAUAAUAAGAAUGAUAAGAAUUACUCUUUUCAUGAAUAUUUAGUUUAUCAUAUAUAUCAUGGAAAUUUCAUCGCAGAGCAUUUAAAUAACGAGAAAACUAAUUUUGUGGGUGCUUAUAACCAACUUAAGCAAUCCUAUUUAGAGAGUAAUAAACAAAAAUUAACAGAAGAUGACAGAAUUAUGACGAGUGUCUAUUUUGAUUUGAUGAAAGAAAUUCGGCAAGAUUAUACAAAAACCCAUAUGUUGUCUUUGUUGGUUAUCGAUGCAAAUAAAAAAUUUGGCUGGUCAGAAUUUGAUCCUUCACAAGAUGCUAAAACAAUUUCAGCAAUGCAGAGUAUAAAAAAUUGGUCUUCGAAUAGCAACAAAUUAAUAUCAACUAUUGGAAAAUACAUUUCAGAAGCACCAAAAGAAAAGUUAAAUGAAGAUGACUCUUUAUAUUCUGGUAUAAUUGAUUCAGAAAAUAUUGAGAAUCAAAAACCUUGCUUGUUUCAAAAACUUUCAAAUCUUAGUAAGUGGAAACAAUUUAAUGAAAUUGGAUUAACCAAACAAAAGAUGCCAUUUAAUCAACAUAAUAUUAAAGCUUGUCUUGACAAAAACGAAAAUGAAAUAGAGAAAAAUGGAAAACAAUUAGUUCGUGAUUUAAAUCGGUUUUUUAAACGAUGGGAUCAAGCUCAAAGUCUUUCAGCAAAAGAUCGUGGUGCUCGAAAAUUUGGCGAUGUAAUUAGAUAUUUUACAGGAAGUGAUAAAAAUCUUUAUAAGCUCUUUUUCGUAGAAGUAUCAUAUGGACCAUUUCAUCAAGAUCCAGAACCUCAUAUCGAUGACGAUAAAAAAAAAUUAGAAAAACCAG